GAGCGUUUCCACCUUCCAUCAGCAUCAUGCUUCGGGUCUGUACCAGAGGUACAAGCGCUGAAUAAAUGGAGACAGGACAGCAGCAACGCACGACUUGGUUCUUUCACACUUCCAGCGUUUUCACGGCCUGUUGUGGGCUGCUGUGACAGAAUUUGUCACUUCAUGCCUUACUGUGGAGUAUUCAGGAACACACACCGGCUGGACAGAGCUGUGAGUCGAUAAUAAUAGGCGUGGGAGUGAUGACUUGUGGAUGUGUGAUUUUUCUGGGACUGAUCUCUCACAGAAGGAGGGAGGUCUGAGAGAGUUUACGCUCAGGAUCUCCCUCCUCCACAGUCAGUGAUCGGGAUAAUCUGCGGGAGAUUAAUGCUUGUCAGGAUGUCGGAGGAAAUCCUCAGUGAUUUCUGCCCAGAUUUAAAUGAGCUAGAAAAUAAGAUCGGGAGGAAAACGCCAGAAAGUCUCCUGGUCUGGAUGAAGGACGCUGCGGACUGCGAAGGCGGAUGGACAUCUGAUGCGUUGGACAGAGAAGAGCACAGCUCAGAUGAUUUAUCUGAUAAAAUCAACAACUUAAAGCAAGAGAUGAGAUGGAUCCGUUGUGCCAAUGUGAGGAUUCUGCGGCAGCUGGUGGCCGUGCACGAAGGUAUCGAGACCAUGCGCUGGCUGAUCGAUGACAGGGGCAUCCUAACCAGCAGCAGCUUAUCGAGCAGCCUAAGCAGCUUGGUGACUGUCGAGGAGCAUGCUCCCUCAACAUCUCCCUGCAGGUGUGUGAGGCUGCGAAGCAUGCUGAAACUCAGAGAAGACCCAAGUCCUGCCUUCCAUCGGGAUAAAAGGCUAACUGCCAAUGCAACACCAGCAGAUCAAAGACCACCACAUGCUGAGACAUCUGAACCAAGGGCUGCUAGUGCCUAUAAAUCACUCAAAGUUGAAAAUUACAGUCAGGUACCACUUACUGCUGCCAACAGUUUGGUUAGUGCGGAUGUAUCCAAGUCACAAACAAUGGGGUCGAGUUCAGCGCGGCUGCACAUCAGAAACGGUGCUGAAACCAUUAGGAGAGCUCUGCUCAGGUCCAGCAGAAGAAGGCAACUGAAAGCUGACUCUGGUCCCACUGCUACUAGUCAAAAUGGAGAGAAAAACUCUGUGCAUCUAACUCAGGAGAGUUUAACAGUGUUUAAGAGCGAUGAGGUGAAGAAGGAAGAGAGUUCAGCUGGUGAUGAGAAAGAAUUACUGGGUUAUGAUGCUCAGUGGUCCUGGGUGGAGUCCAAGGAUGAUGUAACAUUUUUAUGAUCUUCCAUGAGGACACUUUACAUUAAUGUAUUGCCUUUAAACUGUAAGAUUCUUGAUAAUUGAUUGUUUCCUAUGUGUGGCAUCAGAAUGGGGGAUUUCUUUGUUAUUGUUGUUGCUCUCGGCCUCCUCGCAGGGAUUUGCUUUGCCUAAUCAUAACCCCUUGGCAGUUUUCCACACUUUAUCACAUGACGACCACAAACUUCAAUACAUUUAGUAGGGAUUUGUGUGAUAGACCAACGCAAAGUGGAAUGAUUGACAAAAAUCUGAAGAGUAAGUUGUUUAUCUGUAUUAAGCCCAUUUACUCUAAUACCGCCAAAUAAAACACAUCUGUUUCCACAAUAAAAGGUAGGUCAGAGAACAUCAAUGACCAAACGGUAUCAUGAAGACCAAGAAAGAGAUCAGACAGGUCAGGGAGAAGGUUCUGGAGAUAUUUAAAGCAGGAUUAGGUUAGAAAACAUCACCCUAGGCUUUGAACAUCUCACACAGCUCUGUUCAGUCAGUCAUCUCAAAAUGGAUAGAGCAUGGCACAAUCCAAACCAACCAAGGCACGACCAUCCAACUAAUCUGAGAGGCUUGACAGGCUGCAUUCAAUAAAUCUGGCCUUUAUGAAAGAGUGGCAGAAAGGCAUCACUGAAUGAAAGCCUCAGGAAGUCCUGUUUGACUCAGCAAACAUGUGAAAGAAGGUGUUCUUAUCAGAUGAGACCAAAAUAUACUUUUUGGUCACCAUGCAAAAUGGCAUGUGGGUUAGGAAAAGAACAAUACACAUUACCCUGGGCACACCAUCUAAAUGCCUAAACAUGGCAGUGGCAACAUCAUGCUGUGAAGAUGCUUUUUUUAAGCAGAGACCAGAAGCUGGCGAGACUUGAAAACUGAUGUUCACAGACACUCUCCAUCCAAUCUGAGCUUGAAAUAUUUUGACCAGAAAAUGUGCAAACAUGUAGGAGAAAGGACCAAAAAGUUUGCAUCUGUAAUUUUAAAGUAUUAACUUUGGGGCUUUUCAGAUUAUUAGUAAAAUGUUUAAAACCCAUAUACACAUUUUCUUCCACUAUUCUUUGUUGGUCAGUCACCUAAAAUCCCACCCAAAAGUAUUUGUGGUCAGUAGCUGUAGACAAAAAAGAAAACAUCUGUGCAUGAUUUAUUCUUUCUAAUAAGGGUGUAUUUUAAAAUAAUAAAUUACAUAAGAUGUGACUUUCCUGUUAUUUGUUUAAACUAGUAGGUUAUUGCUGCAUAUUGCUUCAAAACUCUAACUCGAUUACCUCUGUGUAAAGUUUGCACUACCACACUAAAAACUGUCCAAUAGCAUUGGAGGUGUAGGGAAGAUAUUCUGAAUUAAAGAAAAAGGGGAAAAUCCUUAAAUUCUUAAUGAUAAAUCCCUGUUUUUAUAUAAGAGGAGGUUCAGAGAGUGGUCCAUUCUUGUUAAAAUUGUUAACAUUAUGAAUGCAAAAAUGAAUUGUCAUCUUUGAUCUACUUGCUAUACCACCUAGUCUCAGAUUUGUAAAGCUUUGACAAAGCUGUAAUCAAGAAAAAAUAAGCAUUAAUAAAGAUGAUUAUUUCAAAUAUUAA